AUGACGGCCAGCCAGAGCGGCCAGAAUGAUAGUGAACACAUGAUCCAGCAGUCACGUCCCGAUGAGCAAGCUCCCGAAGAUACAAACCCUGCAAAUUUGUCAUCAAACCCACCAGAGGGUCCUGUAUCGACUAACGAGGGGGAGAGCUCGCCGUCAAUGAGUCUUCACGAUGUGGACGUCGAAAUUCACUUCAAUCUUGGAGUUUUUGCCCACCGUGACCUUCCUCAAGGCCACGAUCAUCGGCGCAGAGCGACUAAUAUUUGCUGUUCCCCGACAGCUUACAGAGGCUUGCCAGCGCAGAGAUUUGAAAGCAACAGAAGCUGUAUGCUUCGACAAGUUCAAACGAGACCACGACUGCAACCCUUCGAUCACCAAUGCUAA